AUGGCAUGCAGGUCACUCGCCCGAUGCGCUCGCCUGCGCCCUUCGUCUCGCCCGAGUCUACUCAGCCUGACACCGUCCCGUCACACUUUCAUUCGCACCCCUUCGCGCUCGUCUAGGACUUACGCUACCGAGUCCGUGUUCGCCGCGGACCUCAAGUUCGGCCAGCCUUUGCAUGAGACACACCCCCACCUCCUCGAUCCUGGUGAACUUACCCCGGGAAUCACCGCACUCGAGUAUGCCCAGCGUCGGUCGCGCCUCGCCAACAAGCUCCCCAAGGGCGCCGUCGCUAUUCUCGCCGCUUCCGAAGUGAAGUAUCGCGCGCCAGGGAUCUUUAAUGAGUACCGACAGGAUUCCAAUUUCUUCUACCUUACAGGAUUCAACGAGCCCAACGCACUUGCAGUAAUCGGCAACGAUGGAUCUGGGGAUAAUCAUACCUUCCACCUCUACGUGAGGGAGAAGGACGCUCGAGCUGAACUCUGGGAUGGUGCGCGGUCCGGCACACAGGCCGCCGUGGACGUCUUCAACGCCGAUGAGACAGGAAAUAUCGAAAACAUCGGAGACAUUCUCCCCAGAAUUGUGACCGGCGCCUCGGAGGUUUACUCAGACAUCCCCUCACUCGAUAACGCGAGGUCAUCGCUGCACCGAUAUCUCUAUGGACCGACCGUUGCUUCGGAGAAGCUGAAGAAGUUCGUGGAUCACCGCAAGGUCAAACCUCUCAAGUCGAUCCUGAACGAGAUGCGGGCCUUCAAAAGCGAGAACGAGGUAGUACACAUGCGCAUGCUGGGACAGGCUGCUGGGCGCUCAUUCACGGAUUCGAUGCGUCAGUCUUUUGCCACAGAGAAGGCUUUGAUGUCGUAUCUGGAAUAUCAGUUCAAGGUGCACGGAUGUGAUGGGAGCGCUUUUGUUCCUGUCAUUGCGGGCGGACAGAAUGCAUUGAGUAUCCACUAUACGAGAAACGACGAUGCUCUGCGGGACGGAGAUCUGAUUCUUGUUGACGGUGGUGGUGAACUUGGGGGUUAUAUUUCUGAUAUCACAAGAACUUGGCCCGUGAGCGGCAAGUUUACUGAUCCCCAGCGGGACUUGUACAAUGCAGUGCUCAACGUGCACCGCACGAGUCUGGCUCUUUGCCGCGAGAAUGCCAAUCUCUCGUUGGACAAACUUCAUGGCAUUGCUGAGAACGGACUGAAGGACCAGCUGAAGCAGCUUGGGUUUGACAUGUCUGGAGCUGCUAUCAACACUCUCUUCCCCCAUCACUUGGGCCAUUAUAUUGGCCUCGAUGUACAUGAUUGCCCUGGAUACUCUCGGGGAUAUAAUCUGAAGGCUGGACAGUGCAUUACUAUUGAACCUGGUAUUUAUGUCCCGAACGAUGAGCGAUGGCCAGAGCAUUUCCGUGGUAUUGGCAUUCGCAUUGAAGAUAGUGUCUGCGUUGGAGAUGAACAUCCUAUUGUUUUGACCCCCGAGGCCGUCAAAGAGGUUGAUGAUAUUGAAGCACUGCGUAGUUAG